GCUCAUUGUUCUAUCUCAGUGUAGUAGCGGCUAUCUGGAACGAAGCAAAGCAGCCCCGGCUUUUUAGACUGGGAAUCAGCUGGCUGGCUAAUGGCUAUGCUUCAAUCAGAAUGAUAUCGCAGCGGGAACGAGGAGAACUUGCACGUUUUUAUACUGUUACGGACCCUAAAAAGCACAAGAAAGGCUAUACAGUGUACAAAGUCACUGCAAGGAUCAUCUCCAGAAAGAACCCGGAGGACGUCCAAGAGAUCACGGUGUGGAAGAGGUACAGUGAUUUCCGGAAACUUCAUCACGACCUCUGGCAGCUCCACAGGAAUCUCUUCAGCCAAUCAGAGCUCUUCCCACCCUUCGCCAAGGCCAAAGUGUUUGGUCGUUUUGAUGAGACGGUGAUUGAGGAGAGAAGGCAGUGCUCAGAAGAUCUGCUCCAGUUCUCUGCUAACAUCCCAGCCCUCUACAGCAGCCAGCACAUCCAGGACUUCUUCAAGGGAGGGGAGGUCAGCGACGGCUCAGAGCUUAUUGGACCGGCUGAACCCUUCUUGGACUUCCUGGCUGACAGCCUAUCAGACUGCGGCUCUGAAGUUCAGAGGGAUCUUGGUGGAGCAGAUGAUUUGACCAUUACCAGUCAGUCUGAAUAUGGAGGUCCGUCCAGUGACAGUGACCUGACCUCCCUGGCCGUGGACAUAGACUCUUUGGCCGAGCUGGACGAUGGCAUGGCCUCAGGCCGUAGCUCGCCCAACCAGCCACUGGGAGGCUCCAGCACCAUCACCAGUACCCACAGCAGCCCCUCUCUGCCCCCCCUGUAUGACUACCAGCAGCACCGCCAUCAGCAGCACACCUCGAAUCCAGCCCCCAGCUCCCCAGCCCCCGAGGUCAGCCGAACCAGCAGGACAGCGCUGUUCACCUCCAGUCUGAGGAGAGGUAACGCUAACGCUAAGGAAACCAAGAGAGACUACCUGGACAGGGCUAGUGAACACAUCCGAUUGGCCGUGCAGAAGGAAGCAGAGCAGGACUACCAAUCAGCGUUCUCCUACUACAGGAGCGGGGUGGAUUUGCUUCUGCAAGGGGUGCAAGGCGAGCCCAGCCCUACGAGGCGGGAGGCUGUGAAGAGAAGGACGGCUGAGUAUCUGAUGCGUGCUGAGCAGAUAUCCAAUCAGCAUCUGAGAAACAGCAUGGGUCAAGGGUCAACACAGACCGUGGCCAUGGGGGCGCAAUGCUCUACCGCCACCUGCAGAGGGGGUCAGCAGAGUCCAGCCGAGGAGCUCAGGGCCUACAUGGUGCUGGGGGUCAUAGAUAAGGUUCUUUUGGUUAUGGACAAGAGAACACAGGAGACCUUUAUUUUGAAAGGCUUGAGAAAGAGCAGUGACUGUGGGAGACCCAAGCGGACCAUCAUGCCUCACUCUGUGCCCCACAUGGUGCGGCUGAGGAAGUUCAUUGUCUCAGAGGACACUGUGUUUCUUCUGCUACAUUACGCUGAGGGUGGGAAGCUAUGGUCUCACAUUGGGAAGUUCCUGCGUAACUCCAGCCCGGAGGACAGCUUCGACAUUCCCUUCAUUCAGAAAAGCCACACCACGGCAGUCCACUCUGUCCAACAUGCUGCUCCCAAGCUCGAUUUGGACUCUGGCAGCUCUGGGACUGGGCCUGGAUGUGUGCUCCAGAGGCAAGGGGAGUCUUCUCUUGUCCUCCCCCAGAAGAGUGCUCUGCCUCCUGGGCUGGCUGACCGCCUUAGGUCCCAGUUGGACUCUCGAGCGACCUCUGAGUUAGAGUGCACCGACAGUUAUCUGAAUCUCUGUAAUGAGUACGAGCAAGAAAAGGUAGAACCAGAAGCUCUAGGAGAGGAGGAGGAGAAGGAGGGAGAGGUGUGUGUGUCGAGAGGACAGGAAGCAUCGUCGCUGGAUUUCACCGUCACCACGACAACCACUUCCUCCAGGACUCGCUCACUGCUUAGCAACGACAGCCUCUGCUCUCCAAUCAGCGCCCAGGAACUGCGUUUCUUUACUGAGACGGCCGUGGAUCACAACAACGGGCGUUGCCAGGACAUCGGGCAGAACCACGGCGAGGUGUUCAGCCCCUUGCUCUCCCCCGCCGUUCCCCUCUCGUUGGACCAGUCCAAACGCACCCCCAUGGAGUUCUUCCGCAUCGAUAGUAAGGACAGUGCUAGCGAGGUGACGUGGUGUCCUGACUCAGCCGAGCUGAGGCCCAAACCAGACCCUUCCAAGCCGCUCCCCUUCCUGUCCACCUCUGACCUGGGCUCUGAAGUCACAGACCUGUCGGACUUAGUGGAGGAGGUGAAAGGUCAUGGAGGUGGGUCUGACCGGUGGGGUUUGGAUGGUAGUGACCAGGGCUCUAAUGAGUCGGUACCAGUCAUCUCCUUUAAAGAGGCAGUGGUGGAGGACGAGGGUCGACCCCCUGACCUCCUGGUCAACCUGCCUGGGGUCAUUGGUGGGGAGGGGUUGGUGGGGGUAACUGGGGAAGUGGAGGCCCUACAGGAGGAGCUGGUGUCCUCAGGGGUAUGUCUGGCCCAGGAGGCCAAAGCCUCCCCUAAGUUGAUCCAGCCGGACGUCCUGCAGCUCCACCAUGAGCUUGAGGAGGGGGAGGAGCUGGCUGUGUGUCGGGCCCUCCCCUCGAGGAACAAACGCACCACCUCUUCCUCUCCCUGCGCCUCCCUGUGGGACGACUGUGGCCUGGCCUUCGGACAAGAUGCCAAAAUGGCUUCCGUACUCCCGAAUAAGGACAUUCUCCCUGCCAGCGCUGUCUCUAUGGUCCCGCUCUCUUCCUCCAACACAGACAUUCCAUUCGCUGACUCACUUAGCUCACUUCCUGAAAGAUUAGAAGCCAUUUUGAACCCACAGGUACACCCUGACAGUUUGGUUCUUAACCCAGACGGGACGAUAGCUGGCUCCAACCGCGGUCAGGAUGGGACAGGGGCCAGCUCUGGGGCAGAGAGUGCACUAGGCGUUGAGUCCCAGUUCCAGGCCAGUAAGGCUGGUGUGUUUGGUGUGGAGGACAUGGUAGAGUCAGAUAAGGAUGUGUCUCGGCUGUUUGCAGAGCUUGACCAGUUGUCUGCUGUAGCGUCCCAGGCCAGGAUUCCAGAGGAGUUUGUGAGGUGCUGGGCGGUGGACAUGGUCUCUGCCUUGGACUCACUCCAUCAGGAGGGCAUCGUCUGUAAGGACCUCAACCCCAACAACAUCCUCAUCAACAGCAAAGGCCAUGUUGAGCUGACGUAUUUCUGCAGCUGGAGUGAGGUGGAGGACUCCUACGACAGGGGGGCCAUCUCCAACAUGUACAGUGCACCCGAGGUGGGCGGUAUCAGCGAGGAGACUGCAGCGUGUGAUUGGUGGAGUUUGGGAGCCAUCUUGUUUGAGCUGCUCAUAGGCAAGUCUCUGCUGCAGUGCCACCCAGCUGGUAUCAGUCGCCACACGGCCCUCAACGUCCCCGAGUUUGUAUCUGAGGAGGCCAUGUCGCUACUGGUGGAGCUUCUCCAGUUCAACCCCAUAGAGAGGCUGGGGGCGGGGGUGGCAGGAGCAGAGGACAUCAAAUCACAUCCCUUCUUUGGCCGAGUGGACUGGCCCAAAUAAGCCCAGUGCAUUGUGGGACGGUGGAGGCCAGAAAUGAAUGCUGUGGGCGGAUCGAGCUGCUGACAGGGUGGGCACAAACACACACAGACACAGAGACCCAGACGUGGCCAGUGUCAACAAGUGAACUCUUGUUGGGGAGUUGGACAUAUUGUCUACACACCUACCUUGUACGUGUUACUCUCACUGACGUUCUCUUUAUCCUCACGUUGAGCAGCUUAGACUGUUGAGACAUGAUGCAUGUGGUGCAAUAAACUAACUUGUCCUUUUAUGGAAGGGUGGUUCACAAAGUCAAUGAAACUUUUUCUUAUUUCAACAAGACAACCAACGGUGUUCUGACAUUUCACAGUCCACAUACAUUCCCCUGUAUUAAUAGGUUGCGUACUGUUUUCUCCGACCUCAAAUUGUAGAUGCCCUCCUCUUGGCCGCAGAGCCAAAAUAUUUCUGUUUCAAAGCUUAAUAUCCUGCAAUUCUACACUUUGCCUUGGGGCGGACUGAAAAUGUUACUGUUUUAAAGCUAAUAUCCUGCAGUUCUACACUUUGCUUUGGGGCGGACUGAAAAUGUUACUGUUUUGAAGCUAAUAUCCUGCAGUUCUACACUUUGCCUUGGGGCGGACUGAAAAUGUUACUGUUUUAAAGCUAAUUUCCUGCAAUUCUACACUUUUACUACAAUUCUACACAUAAUUAAACACAUUUUGCUGUGGGGUGGUGAGAACAUUUUUUACUUUUAAAGCUAGUUUCCUGCAAUUCUACACAUUUUGUCAUAGCAUAAGAACACGGCAUAAGCCAUUUGAGUGACUCAAACAUAAUAUCUAUGGGGCCCCGUGCCGUUUUUUGACUUUUAGAUUCUCCCGGACUGUCUAGUUUUUGUUUUGGUAAUUGUUAGUUCUCAAAGAUGAUAUUAUUUUAAAACUUAUAGCUCUUAGCUUUUCUACCUACUUUUAUAUCUGGUUUUAGUCGUUUCCGUUUACACUGAAAACAUUUUAUCCUGAAAGUUAUUUGAAUUUUUGCAUAUUAAAAAAAACUACAUAUUUUUGGGAGUGUUGACAGCGAUUGGCCACUGCUAAAUUAAUAUAGGGGAAACACUGGCAUUGUACUCGGGAGAUGCAUUGUAUAACAGUUGCCAUGGUUGAACAAUGGUUGAAUGAAGGGUGAAUAUUUGUUGGAUUAUGGUUGAGUAAUGUUUUUGUAGGGUUGUCUGAAUGGUAUAGUCGAAGGUGCGUGUUUUUUUUACCCAGAGAAACCCACUGUACUGUACAUCAGUGAUUUUCUGUGCAUUUGAUUAUAUAUCAUAUUUAAUAAAAAGACAACUAUUAUAGAUUCAAUAAUUGAUGUUCAUGCAUUGAUCUCGUCAUGUCCAUUGUCAUGUAGCCUAAAACUCCCCAUCUGUGUGUUGUCAAGGUAACUUGUAAUGUCAUUUAUAUUCAUCUGUCUCACACCCAAUCCUAAUUCUCAUUGGUGUCCACUUCUACUCUGACCAAUACCUACUACUUUCAAUCACUCACUACUUCUACACAAUUUUUUUUACAAUGAAUGUAGAGCUCCCAUCGGAUGACCUGACAGACUCCGCCUAUUACAAGUCCCACUGUAUGCUGCCUUCCUUGUUAAAAUGGCAGAACACUGUCAUCCCCAAUGUCACUCCUGCGCAUCACAUACUGCCUCCUGCGCAUCCCAUCGCAUACUGCCUGUAACUAACCACAGAUCUAGGAUCUAGCUUACACUAACCUAAUAUAACCAUAAACUACUCAGAGGAAAAACUGAUUAUAGACCAGUACUUGGGGACACCUUGAUGAUUUGAAAAUCACUAUUCAAACCUGAUUGAUUCCUCCAUUUUGUUCUGGCUCUCUGGUUAAUUGAUUGACUAACGACAUGGCAUGGACCUAGCAGUUAGCCGUACACUUAGUCACUAUCCAUGUCAUACAAUGACCUAUUCUCUGAGAUGCCAAACACUACCAGUGUGUGAUGUAUGUGUGCCUGCAAUAGUUGGUUUUCUAUGUUUCUUACUGUGUCUAGCUAUUCUCACUUACACAUGUUUUAUGUAUUAGUCUGUCCUCUCUGGAAUACAACUUAAUAAACACACAUCUGGAUCAUC